AUGGAAAAUGUACGACCAAAAAAAAGAGGUGAACGUGGUAUUGCUGCAUUUAAGUCAAAGAUUUCUCCGGAAAAAUAUAAAGUGAAGUUUGAUAAAAAUAAUAUCCCAGACGAUGGCAUGCCAGCACAGUUUAGUUCUUGGUUUGGCAUGAAGGUUCGACGCAGUUUUCCUAUAGAUAUAGAGUCGCGUAAAGCUGGAGAAAAGUAUUUUAAAGAUUUAUGGUUGGAAACUAAGAAACAGUGGAACAUCGAGUCUAAUGAUCAGGAAAAAUAUUUGAAGAGGAAAGCUGUAAAACUUGCAUCAAAUUUUAAAUCAUUCCUUGUUUCAAAUUUUGUGAAUCAAGAAUUGAAUGCUUGUCUCAAAUAUGAUUUUAUAAAACCUGAUGAAUGGGAAAGAUUUGUUGCACAAAAAACUACUCCUGAGUUUUUGGAACAAGAAGAGAAAAGAAUGAUAGCUGAUGGGAGUUAUUUCCAAAAUAAGGAAGACCCAUUAGUUAGACUUUUGGGACGCGAACACGGGGGGCGAUCACGGACAAUAUCUAAUAUCAUUGGCCAUACCCAGGUUUAUGGUGGAUUGUUCAAAAAUGUGGAAAAUAGUAGAACCACGAGACCGAGACAACAGGUUGACAUGAUCCCAUCAUUGCAUGAAUCUAGUGGUGCAUCUGGUGGACGGUUGACAGAAUACCCACCUAUUAAGGUUAGGACAGAAUGUGAAUUGCUAGUGAAUGUGGUUGAUACUCAAUUGAUAGUAGCUAAUGGUAUUGCAUGGCCAACAUCUGAAACGGUCAUACAUUCACAACCAAUAAGUACAGGUUGUGUGAAAGUACAGGUUGAUGAAAUCGUCAAAAUAUAUGAGAACUUGCCUGUGCAUGCCGUCACACGGACGGAAGAAGUUGAAUAUGUUAAACAUCUUCUACAUACCAUCGUUCAGUGGCCGAGAUAUGCAAUAAAGCUUGUGAACAAGACACCUAGCAAAUCAAAUAGUGGCACGGGAAUGGGGUCGAAUCGCGCCUCACCACACAUACAUGUUGAUGACAUCAUGACGACUUCAGCUUAUCGUCCACAAUUUGAGGACAACCACAUUGCUUAUCAACAUGAAAUUAAUGAACAUUUUCAAGGUGGUUUAGUUGAUAUGAUGUUAUCUAUGAAUCCACCACAAGUUCAUUUAAAUGCACCCAAACCCAGAGCCAGACCCGAACCCGAAUCCGAAUUUGAAUCCGAACUCGAAUAUGAAUCCGAAUCCGAAUCCGAAACCGAACCUGAAUUCGUUACACAUGAUGAACCUGACUUGUUUACAUCCUUGAGCAAAUUACAAGAACAAAGACCUCAAAUUCAAUCUGUUGGUUUUCAAGUAGUAGAGUUUUUUGGGAAUGCAAAUGUUGUUAAUAUUUUUUCACCCAAAGGGAUGUAUCGCCGUAGGGUUCAAAUUACCAUCCAGUAUAUCGAGGUAUUACAACUAUUUUUAAGAGAUUGGCUUGAUCAAAGCAUUAUUCAUUGGUUUGCAAUGCUUCUUUUUAGGUCGCCCAAUUCUGAAUGUGCUUUUUUUGAUCCGCUUUGCAUUGCACGCUUAAAUACUAAAACAGACAUGUCGCCCGUCACUAAACAUAUCGAAGAAGUAUUUUCGUAUCAUAAAAGCAAACGAUAUUUUCUUGCUCCAUAUUUACAGGGUAUGCAUUGGUUGCUUUUUAUCCUAUGUCCUGAAAGCAAAUGUGGUUAUAUUCUUGAUUCUUUAUGUGAAAAGAACCAAGAAAAGAAAAAAGACGCUUACCACUUUCCUUCUUUCAUUGAUAAUGUUUUCCCGGGACGAGUUAAUAAGUGGGAAACAGUAAAGUGCUACAAACAAAAAGGUGGAUGGGAAUGUGGAUUUAUAGUAAUAAAACAUAUGAAGGAGUUUGUUGAAAAUAAAUUAUGGAAAAAGAAGAGUUUUGUUACGCCCGUUAAACUUGAAGAUAUGGUCUCAGAAAUAAUACCUCGUUUAAUUAAGAUGGUGAACGAUAGUCGGAAAAGAACUUUCUAA